CCCAAGCGCUUAGGACAGUGCUCUGCACACAGUAAGCGCUCAAUAAAUAUAAUUGAUUGAUUGGGCUCUAGAAGGGGGCGGAAGUGACGUCAGGGGAUCCCUCUGCUGCUCCACCCAUAACGGCUCUGCGCUGGGAGUGGCAGGGUGAUGCUCGGGGGACUGGGCCGCGGGCCUGCCCUGACCUCUGACCCCUGACCCCUGACCGAUGCGGCCUUGGGGGGCCCCCGGGGAGGCCCCGGUCCCCCAGCCCCACGGGGUCGUCGCCCCAAGGCCCGAGCCCGUCUUGGACCUGAGCCUCAGCCCCAGGACCAGCCCCAGGACCAGCCCCAAGACCAACCCCAUGCCACCCUGCCUGGGCAUCCUAAGGCCCGGGGGCAGAGCCGGGGGCGGGAAGCGGCGGCAGGUCCGGUUUCUCCUGGACUCGCCGGCCGAGCCGGAGCCGGGACAGGGACCGGAGCCGGGACAGGGACCGGAGCCGGGACAGGGACCGGAGCCGGGGCUGGCCGCCCCGGAGCUGCAGAGCAGCUUGGGCCUGGAGCUGCAGCUGCACCGUGCACUGGCCAAGAACGACGAUGAUGAUGAUGAUGAGGAGUUCGAUGCCCUGAGGGCGGCCGAGCAGCAGCUGAGGACCUCCUUCCUCACCCGCUGUGGCCUUGAUGGCACCUUGGCCGAAGGCCUGAACGUGCCGAGGUCGCGGCGCCUGUUCCGGGACCUGGUGAGCCUGCAGGUGCCAGAGGAGGCCGUUCUCAGCGAGGCGUUGAGGGAGAGGCUGGCGCUGCUGCCCCCCGGCCCUGAGCCCCGCCAGGUAGAGGCCUCGGCGGCCCCGGACCCGCUGGCGCUGUGCGACCCCCUGACGCUGGCGGCCGAGUGGCCGCUCCUGAGCCCGGCGGGGCUGCCGGCCCUGCGGCUGCAGCGGCCCCAGCCCCGCCCGCCGGCGGCCACCUUCCUCAUGUACCGGGCCCUGCGCUGCUGGGACGCCUAGCCGGGGCCCGGGCCGGACGCCCUCCGACGCACCUUGUCGGCUCCGGCGGUUCCUGUUCGGGUUUUCUACGAAUAAAUGUGGUUGGUAACGGCCCGUCGGAGGGGGGUUCCGGGGCACGGACCUCCUGUCGCCCGUCGCCGGAGCCGGCCACGGGGGUCACGGACCAUAGCCAACCUGAUUGCCGGAGCUUUGAACAAUCCCGUCGCCCCCUCCCACCUCACCUCGUUGCUCUCAUUCCGACCCAGCCCGCACACUAUGCUCCUCUAAUUCCA